UCGCUGCCAAUCAGAGAAGUGCCGGCUACGGAGGCCGAGAAGGAUCACUGCGUAAGGGCUGUGGAAGUAAAUGGGACUUUGGCUCCGCCCACUUUUCCCCUCUCUCCAGCGGUCGGCGAAGGAGCGGUUACGGAGGCCGAAAAGGGACAUUUCUCCCGUCGAAAGUGGUUGACUAGUCCCUGCUCAGAUAUCUAUGUGACCGCCCUCCUUUUGAUGUGGCCCCUUUGUGCAGGUGUCAGGCCAUGGUUAUGAAGGCCUCCGUUGAAGAUGAUGACUCGGGAUGGGAGCUCAACCUCCCAGAGAAGAUGGAGAAGAGCAACACAAGCUGGGUAGACAUUACCCAAGACUUUGAAGACUGCUGUAGAGAAUUGAAGUUGGGGGAGUUGCUUCAUGAUAAACUUUUUGGCCUUUUUGAAGCUAUGUCUGCUAUUGAAAUGAUGGACCCCAAGAUGGAUGCUGGUAUGAUUGGAAACCAAGUUAACCGAAAAGUUCUGAAUUUUGAACAAGCUAUCAAGGAUGGCACCAUUAAAAUCAAAGACUUAUCACUACCUGAGUUAAUAGGAAUAAUGGAUACUUGUUUUUGUUGCUUGAUAACAUGGUUGGAAGGCCAUUCUUUAGCACAGACAGUAUUCACUUGCCUUUACAUUCAUAAUCCAGACUUUAUAGAGGACCCAGCCAUGAAAGCAUUUGCUCUGGGGAUCCUGAAAAUCUGUGAUAUUGCCAGAGAAAAGGUGAAUAAAGCAGCCGUAUUUGAAGAGGAAGAUUUUCAGUCCAUGACAUAUGGAUUUAAAAUGGCAAACAGUGUGACUGAUCUUCGAGUUACAGGUAUGCUGAAAGAUGUUGAAGAUGACAUGCAGCGUCGAGUUAAGAGCACUCGAAGCCGACAAGGAGAGGAGAGAGAUCCAGAAGUGGAACUUGAACAUCAGCAGUGCUUUGCAGUAUUCAGCAGAGUGAAAUUUACUCGGGUUUUACUGACUGUACUGAUAGCCUUUACCAAAAAAGAGACUAGUGCAGUUGCAGAAGCUCAGAAAUUGAUGACUCAGGCAGCCGACUUACUUUCUGCUAUCCACAACUCAUUACACCAUGGCAUUCAAGCUCAGAAUGACACAACAAAAGGAGAUCAUCCUAUUAUGAUGGGUUUUGAGCCCCUUGUGAAUCAGAGACUGCUUCCCCCAACUUUUCCUCGAUAUGCAAAGAUCAUUAAAAGGGAAGAAAUGGUCAACUAUUUUUCAAAACUUAUUGACCGAAUAAAAACAGUUUGUGAAGUUGUUACUUUAACUAAUUUGCACUGCAUACUGGAUUUUUUCUGUGAAUUUAGUGAACAGUCCCCUUGUGUUCUUUCAAGAUCACUGUUACAGACUACUUUUCUUGUAGAUAAUAAAAAGGUAUUUGGUACUCAUCUCAUGCAAGACAUGGUGAAAGAUGCCUUGAGAUCCUUUGUCAGUCCUCCAGUGCUUUCAACUAAGUGUUGUCUGUAUAAUAACCAUCAGGCUAAGGAUUACAUUGAUUCCUUUGUCACACAUUGUGUUCGUCCAUUCUGUAGUUUAAUUCAGAUUCAUGGGCACAAUAGGGCUCGUCAAAGGGAUAAACUUGGACAUAUUCUUGAAGAAUUUGCGACUUUGCAAGAUGAGGCAGAGAAAGUGGAUGCAGCACUUCACAGUAUGCUGCUGAAACAGGAACCCCAGAGGCAACACUUGGCAUGCUUGGGCACCUGGGUCCUUUACCAUAACCUUCGCAUCAUGAUACAAUAUCUUCUGAGUGGGUUUGAACUGGAACUGUAUAGCAUGCACGAAUACUACUACAUAUAUUGGUAUCUCUCAGAGUUCCUCUAUGCCUGGUUAAUGUCAACACUCAGCCGAGCUGAUAGUUCUCAGAUGGCGGAAGAAAGAAUAAUGGAAGAGCAGCAGAAAGGCCGGAGCAAUAAGAAGUCCAAGAAAAAGAAAAAAGCACGCCCUUUGAGCAGAGAGAUCACCAUGAGCCAAGCCUAUCAAAACAUGUGUGCUGGGAUGUAUAAGACUAUGAUUGCUUUUGAUAUGGAUGGGAAAGUGAGAAAGCCAAAGUUUGAACUUGAUAGUGAACAAGUUCGAUACGAGCACAGGUUUGCACCAUUCAACAGUGUCAUAACACCACCACCGGUACACUAUUUGCAGUUCAAGGAAAUGUCUGACCUAAACAAAUAUAGUCCUCCUCCUCAAUCUUCUGAUCUCUACAUGGCUGCUAGCAAACACUUCCAGCAAGCUAAAAUGAUACUGGAAAAUAUCCCUAACCCAGACCAGGAGGUCAACCGUAUUCUUAAAGUUGCUAAACCCAAUAUUGUGGUUAUGAAGCUGCUGGCAGGUGGUCACAAAAAGGAUUCUAAAAUUCCACCAGAAUUUGACUUCUCUCCUCACAGAUACUUCCCUGUUGUGAAGCUUGUUUGAAAGGCAAAGGAUCAUAACAAAAGACCCGUAACUUCUGUAACAGAGUUGCCUUGUGUGCUCUCUUACACUGUACUCAAAAAGACAUGGUGCUCUCAGACAAAAGUGCUGUUGUAUUGGAAGCAACCUUGUGCAGACUUUCUUUCACAAUUUGAAUGACAACUGAAGUUAUAAAAGUGGUUUAUGUAACGUACUGCCAUUGAAACUGGUUUUAUCACUUUCAUUAUUAAAGCAUUGUAUGUUUUGA